UUUUUUAGCAGAAGCAUAAAAUUCACAUUCUGCUUGGCCGCGCAGCUCACUUUGUGGCGAGCGCGCCUUCUUACUUUUGGUGCACCCUCUCGUCCCAUGAAUGCUUCUUCUGGGGAGUCGAAUCCGACCAGGGUCGAGUUCAGUUUGAGGCCUUCGCGUGUACGCCCAGGAGCUUUGGUUCCGGCGCUGCGACAGGGACAGGGGUCCAAGGAACAAGAGGGUGACCUCGUGCACAGCGUCGGUCCAGGUGGCAUAGUCAGCUUGGAGUCUAAGAAAUGUACGAAGAAGAAGAGGCUGUCGAUUCCGAUACCGGUGGACCCGCUGGACGGGGACGACUCCGAGGAGUCUGCGGAGCCCGUGGGUGAAGAAGAAGUGGAAGAAGUGGGUGGGGGUGAUCAGGCGUUGUUAAUGGAUGACGGUCAGUUUGGUUUGAUAUUACCGAAGCGCCCGUCAGAGAGAAGGGGAGAGGCGGUUGCAAAGAGGAAACCUCAAAUAACAAGGAAUAAGUUGAGGAAGUGGAAGGAGAUUGAAUCAGAGACUGAGCGGUACAAAUACGACUUAUCACUACGUCCAGACUCUCCGGGCGAAGAAGCGUACAAUCGGGUACCGAUCGAUGAGUACGGGAUGGCAAUGCUAUUAGGCAUGUCGUGGAAGCCUGAAGACGAGAAAGUAAAGAUUGUUGAGUACGCAAAGAGACAGAGUCGUCUUGGACUAGGUGCUGAGCCUAGACCAUUUUCAUCUAUUUCGAAGAGAAGGGGCAAUAAAGAAGGAAGUCUGUCCUAUGCAGAAUACAAUGAAGAAAGGCGCCAUUCGAAGCUUGAUGAAAAAAAUAAAAUUCAACGUGGCUCUCGAGUUUCUAUUAUUAGCGGUCUCCAUGAGGGUUUAACGGCUAUAGUUCGGUCCAUUUUUGGUGAUAAUAGGGCUAUCGUUACAUUGGAAUCGAGCGGCGCAGAUGUAGAAAUCGACCGGAGCUCCUUGAUGCUGAUGAAGCACCAAACCUUAGACAAUCAAGGGGAUUCUCGCUUAUCAUCGUCUAACGAAAAAAAUUUCGGCCGUUCUAUCGACGGCAAAUCAUUUCCCCCUGGCAAUUCCUCCCAAUCAGCGAGUCGACCUGAUCGCACCAGGGGACUUGAUGCUCUUUGGGUUAUGCCCAACAUUCGCGUCCGAAUACGCAGCAAGCGCUACAGAAAUGGGAAAUUCUACUGUCAGAAAGGCACAGUCGUCGACGUUAUUUCCGGAUUCCGAUGUGCCGUUCAUCUGGACGACGGGACAUCUCUUGACGAUCUCGAUCAAGACGAUCUCGAAACCGUUGUACCAUCUGUGGGAAAAGAAGUCAUCAUCCUCAAAGGUCCAAAUCGUGGUGCGCUCGGCGUGGUUUUGCAAAAGGACACCUCUCUGGAGUUCGCCUAUGUCCGUACGCACGACGAACUUACCGUACAACGCCUUUCUAUGGAUGACAUUGCUCAAUACACAGCUUGAUUAUGUAUGCGUGCAGGUUUAGCACACAUAGUCCGGUUUUGUAUACGUUUUUCCUGAAGGGUGUUUUGGCAUUUUUUUCGAUUUACUACAGAGCUUUCCCCGAAAGGGAUGAAUCUGCAGGUCAAGGGUGAUCGAGUCGAUGGCAUGACUUGCGUGGUUGGCGCCGGCGUCAGCGGCCCUUCACCGGCACACUCUCUAAUAGAUGUUUGGAAGUUUAAGCGCGCAGUGAGCACCAUUAAGGAGCUAGACCGCGAGCAAUUUGGGUGUUCUACAGAAGACAUUUCAAGUGCUGACAUUCGGUACGGCAGGAUGUUUUAUGGAGGAAUGGAAAAGAGGCAUUGAAUGAAUACGUGGUGUUCCGCGUGUGUGUGUUUAUGUUACACUUGUCAUAGUCGGCAUGUUGCGUGUACUGAUGUGUGUGACGCUGUUAAAACCGGUCGGCAUCGAUGUGCGGGCGCAUGGCCAUCGUGGCUAAUAAUGGGUGACUUUUCUCUGUUGCAGGUGCGAGGACGAGCGCUACGUGCCGCCUCACGUGGCAAUUGCGAAUGCCAUAGCCGCUGCGUUGCCGGAUCCUUUGUGUCAACAGCUCACGACAGCCGACUUGGUGUCGACUGCGCCUAUCCCCUGUUACCAGGACCUUAUGGAGAAGGAGAGGAAGUCAAACCUGGAAUCGAUGAAGCACGUUCAAUAUAUUCGGAGGAAGUAUCCGAAGUAUCGGAAUGCUGAAGUUAACUACUUGACUAAGGAAUCUGUUGAAGAAGAGAGUACAAAUAUUUCCGAGAAUGAAGUUGUUAUGAACGUUGUUCUUUAUCAUCCUAAGCGAGAUCUCAAGGCUCAAGAGUAUUUGGUUCUAGGGUCUCAAUAUCUCACGGAAUUGAAGGACAAGUUCAGUUGUUCUGCAGGUCAAUUUAGCGAAGAAGUUGGGUCGAAUGGCUUUUUUUUCAUUGAGGACUGCUUUUAUAGCGACACACGUUUCAGCGGUGGCAUCGACUGCGCUACGCCUAUUAGGCGUUGGAUGGAGAGUGGAGAAUCUUCAUAUUGGAGUCUGAGGUUGAUUCAGAGCAAAAAAAUGGAAAGUACGAAAUUUGAAGAUUUACAGAUAGAAAUCAACAAGAGGUAUUUGUACUGCCACGGCAACUGUUGCGAGCACCAUAUUUCCUUUACCGUUUUGCGUGCGUUGAGUGGCAACGACAGAAUUGGGGUGUACCCCAAGCAAGUGUUUCAGAGCAAAGUUCGACAGAACAAGUGUUUGGUUUGCAAUCGCUUUUGCGCUAAAUACGUCACAUUCUCGGACUCAUUUGCACAGGAAGACCCGUUUUAUUACUGCGAGCACUGCUUCAGAGCGGCUCACUACGAUCCGGAGGGGCGGCUGAUACACAGAGACUUCAAGGUGCUGGCUCUCUGCGACAGGGAGAAAUAAUGUAAUUUUUUAUCGAGAAAAAAAAAGGGAUAAUUUUUUAUUUGCGUUUGCGCGGAUCGUGAACAUGGGGAGACGCGAGCGCCGCCUGCUUCUUGCUAAAUGGCGCCAGAAGGAAGACUUGAAUUCCUCGUCUUCGUCAGAAGACGAGGCACCCGAAGAGGACAAUGAAUUGGCAUCGAAGGCUCGCCUUGACCGAAUUCGAAGUACCUACGUCAACAAGCAGAAGGUCUUGGUAUUCUCUUCUCGCGGAAUUAGCUAUCGUCACCGCCACCUGAUGAAGGAUCUCAUCAGCUUACUUCCUCACAGCAAGAAGGACUCAAAAUUUGAUACAAAGACAAAGUUACACAAUAUCAACGAAAUAACCGACAUUAGAAACUGCAACAACUGCAUUUUCUUCGAGGUCAGAAAGGGCAGAUACUUGUACAUGUGGUUUUCGAAGACACCGAACGGGCCGAGCAUGAAGUUUCAGGCAUUGAAUGUCCACACAAUGAAUGAAUUGAACUUCACUGGGAAUUGCCUGAAGGGGUCUCGUCCCGUGUUGUGCUUUGACGCUUCUUUUGGCGCAUCCCCGCACACGAAGUUGAUGAUGGAGUUGUUUUCUCAGAUUUUCGGAACUCCGAAAGGGCAUCCUCGAAGCCGUCCUUUCAUCGACCACGUUUUUUCCUUUUCCUGGCUUGAUGAGAAGGUUUGGUUUCGAAACUAUCAGAUUGUGGACGAGGUAUCUUCUGGCAACAAGGGCGACCAACAGCGGUCUUUGGUGGAGAUUGGACCUCGGUUCGUUCUCGAGCCCAUUCGCAUCCUUCAGGGUAGUUUUUGCGGAAAGGUCCUUUGGGAAAACGCUCACUACAUGUCGCCCACUGCUAAGAGUGUGAUGCAAAGGAGGCUCAAAGACGCUUCGAUUGUUUCCAGCAAACAGAAAAAAUUUCGCUCUCGAGAAGAAAAGGCGAAAAAUCGACUCGUGGUGGAUCCUCUGUCCGAUGUCUUCGUCGAGGAGGAACCGGCGUCCGAUUCCUCUCUGGAAGCGUCCCAAAAUGGCGAAUUUGAAGGUGGCUCCGAAAAUCCAGAAUCUGACCCCGAAUCGGAUGAAUCUGCGGACGGUUCAGAAGCAAAUGGGAUCGAGAGCUACGAUGAGGCAGAAAGCGAUGACGAGAUGUGAAUUCGGCAGCCGUGACCGCAACGACCAUAAAUUUCGAAAUUCCAGUAGCCAACCAAA